AUGACCAGUCGUAUGGAGGGCAGUUUGUCGUCUGAGUGCUGUGAUGAUGACAUCGUCAUCAGUGGCAUGUCCGGGAGAUUUCCAGAAUCUUCGAACGUGGACGAGUUCUACGACAACCUCAUUAAUCACGUGGACAUGUCAGUUGAGGAUGACCGGAGGUUUCCCAUUGGUUUUAUGGGCAUCGGACGGUUUGGCAAGCUCAAGGACAUUGCACACUUUGACAGCGAAUUUUUUGGCCAGUCCCCAAAGAUCACAGAGUACAUUUCUCCUGAUUCCAGAAUAUCGUUGGAGUUGGUUUAUGAGGCUAUUGUCGAUGCAGGUGAGAGUUUGACGAGUUUACAAAACUCGCGGACAGGUGUGUUUCUGUCUCACACCUUGGCCGACACCUACACCGCCUACACCCCAGAUAUCGACAACCUACCCCCCUACGCUCUCACUGGUAGUAUAGCAUCAAUCAACGCCAACAGGAUCUCCAACAUCUUCAACUUUACAGGUCCCAGUGUGACAGUUGACACCGCCUGCUCCAGCGCCCUGUUCGCCAUCGACUAUGCCCUGCGGUGUUUCAAAGAUGGCGUCAUCGACACAGCUGUUGUUGGAGGCUUGACCAUCCAGUGCAACCAAAAGUCGUUCGUCCAUUUCAAGCGGUUCAAUCUACUCAGUCCUGACGGACGCUGUAAAUCGUUUGAUGCCGGAGGCAACGGCUUUGUUAAGUCAGAGGGCGGGGCGAUGGUCUUGCUUCAGCGACGAAAACAUUGCAAACGCAGCUACGCCCGAGUAAUUCAUUGUAACGUCAACAAUGAUGGAACAAGUUCCAACGGAUUCUUAGCGCCGUAUGGACGACAGCAGUAUGAGCUACUAAAGGAAACAUACAAGCAAAUUGGGCUCAGUCCAUUAGAGGUUUCUUACGUGGAGACCCACGGGACAGGGACAGCUGUUGGUGACCCUGAGGAAGUCCGGGGUCUGACCACUGAGGGUCUGUUUACAUCAGGGAGGGGCGGCCCCUUGUUGAUUGGCUCCGUCAAGUCCAACUGCGGUCACACUGAGUGCUCAGCAGGUAUGAUGUCGCUAGUAAAGGUGGUUCUCUCUAUGCACUACGGGACCAUCCCUGCCAAUCUUCACUUCACUUUACCAAACCCAAACAUCCCUGCCCUGCUAAAUGGGACAGUCCAAGUAGUCACAGAGAACACGGCGUAUAAAGGCGGGAUCAUGGCUGUCAAUUCAUUUGGACUCGGCGGAUCUAACGCACAUUUGAUUUUAGGCCCACCAGACACACGGAACAUCACACCAAGUCCAGAAGGUCAACAGACACGGCUGUUUACCUACGGCGGCCGUACAGAGGACGGCACUAAAGCGAUGCUGGAACUCGCCAAAAGACACAGCUCUUGUUUAGAGCUCCAGGCUCUGCUCUCGUCAUCUGCGAACAUGGACCUACACAAGAUGCCGUUUAGAGGGUUCACUGUUCUCAAUGGAGGCACAGAUAUUCAGCUUGUUCAGCCUGUGCCGGCGUCCAGACCUCCAGUCUGGUUUGUGUUUCCUGGGCUGGGUUGCCAGUGGGCUGACAUGGGGAGGGACAUGAUGCAGAUCUCAGACUUCAGGGACACGAUAGAGAGGUGCUCACGUCACACGCUGGCCCUACAUGGCAUUGAUCUGCUGGGGUUCUUCACCACUGAUUCUAGGGUCGACUCUCUGGACAAGACGUACCCGCUGGUGGUCAUCACAGCUGUGCAGAUCGCACUAGUGAACCUAUUGUACAAAGUCGGAAUAGAAGCUGACGGCUUUAUCGGUCACUCGAACGGCGAGGUCUCAUGCGGCUAUGCAGAUGGGUGUCUAAGUCUAGAACAGGCCAUGACCUUGGCCUAUUGUCGGGCGAUGCUCUUUUUGGAAGGGAAGAAAGUGUUGAGUGAAGGGAAGAUGGCGGUUGUCGGACUAACGUGGGAAGAAUGCAAACGUCGAUGUCCACCGGGAGUUUUCCCAGCAUGCCAUAACGGAAUCGAUUCUGUGACGAUAUCCGGGGAGGCAGACGGCGUUGAGCGUUUGAUUGAAGAGCUCAACAACGAGGGCAAGUUCGCUGCGGAAGUUCCCAGCGGAGGAAUAGCCUUCCACACGCCAAACCUUAAAAAACUGAACUCGUUCCAGGAAGAAAUACUUCAAUCAAUUUUUCCUGACCCCAAGAAAAGAUCGACAAAAUGGCUGAGUACUUCUGUCAGCGAGGACUUGUGGGAGUCGCCAGCUGCUCUCGUCUGCUCUGAGCAGUACUACAUCAACAACACCACCUCCCCUGUCUACUUUCACGAGGCGAUCAUGAAGAUCCCCAGAAAUGCAAUCAUCAUCGAAGUCAGCCCCCAUGGUUUGUUUACGUCAACCAUACAAAAGUCACUCGGGAGCGAUGUCGUUCCGAUUGUUCUGAUGCAGAAGCACCAUCAGAAUAACGUGGAGUUCUUUUACUCAAGUCUUGGAAGGUGUUAUCUCAACGGGCUGGACCUGAACCCGAUGGCACUACAUGCAGACGUGAGCUUCCCUGUGCCCGCGAGCACGCCGAUCAUCUCGUCUGCUGUGAGUAACAUCUGGAACCACUCUGUCCAGUGGAGGGUACCGCUCUACACCGACUACAUGAGGCAGUCGGACAACCUGGAGGUCAGGCUGGACAUCUCGGGAGGUGGCGAGUUCGAAUACCUCGCAGACCAUAAGUUGAAUGGCCAGCCAGUGCUCCCUGUAGCCGGAUAUCUUUACUUCGCAUGGGUGGCUCUUGCCAAGAAACUUGGAACCUCCCAUCAUGCUCUGGGCGUACAGUUUGAGAAUGUCCGGUUCUUGAAGCAAACCUUUCUAUCUAUGGACGAACCAACUGUCCUGAAAGUUACUGUUGCAUUAGAAACGCGCACAUUUCAAAUACGAAACGUAAACGGUGAGCUUGUAGCUGAAGGUAACAUAGAAAAGCUCUCGUCUGCUAGAAGCAAUGAUCAGACCAGGAUAAUGAUGCAGUGUGCCGACGAUGUUCCAGAAACUUCUAGAAUGUCAAAGCAGGAUUUUUAUACUUUUUGGAGGCUAAUGGGCUUUGAACAUAGUGGUGCUUUUGAAGGAAUACGUGGAUGUACUGUGGACUUUUCCAGUUUUUCAUUGGCUUGGAAUGGCAACUGGAUGCUAUUUCUGGACUACGCCAUCCAGUCCCUGAUGGCGAGAAAAAAUCUGGGUGUGAGAGCCACACCAAUACGACUGGGUUUUCUGAAGGUUGACGUCAAUGCCCACCCAUCAUCGGAACCUAAAAUGGCCGAACCGUUGUAUUUGCCAGCCUCUGUAAACAACGAGGAAGAUUGUGUUGAUUGUGGAGGUGUAACUCUACAGACGAUGACACUGCAACAAGUUCCACGUCAGCAGGGAAGCAAGUUUUCUUUUGACGAGACUCUUUUUGUCCCCUACAUCGAAAACUUCAACAAUGAAAUGCUUAAGCCACUGAAAACUUACGCGGAGGAUUGUAACGGUUUUAUCAUGUGCAAUUCAAGUCAAGCCAGGAGUUGGCCACAACUUGCGAAUGUUCUAGAAGAAAUAAAAUCUUUAUUUCCAACAGACACAAGAGUAAAAACCCUUGACCAAUAUUUGCCGUUUGAAGAUUGUGGUUUAGCGGCUUUACUUACCAGUUUAUUUAAGUGCAAAAAAGAACAAGAGGUUGUGCCAGAUUUUUUCACAACUAUUGCCAAAACAGCCACGGAUCGACUUCUGACAAGCCUAAGUAGCAGUAAUUUGUUGAAGCCUUGUCUUGAUAUCAUAUUUGAUAACACGAAUGAGUCUACAGUGUCUUUCGUGGAAAUUGAUGGAAUGGAAAGCCGAACAUUUCUCAAAGCUGUGCCUUUACUGGAAUACGAACCACGUUGGGUGUGGUCCUAUACUAUCAGUGUAAAGGAUGCGAGUUGUAUUAACGAAGCAGCCAUACCCGGUACCAGUCACGUGAUUUGGGACUUGGACUCUGAGACACCACCACCGGGUCGCUUUAGUGUUGUCCUCAUGAAAAACUGCCUUCACAAGCAAAGCGAUAUCGAGGCUACACUGAUCAAAGUAUCACAUCUACUCGCAGAUGGAGGGUUUUUAAUGGUAGAAGAAGUAACAGUAGCUUCCCCUAUUUCUUAUUUGUUAUCUGCUCUUGAAAAUGAUGUGGUUAACAAUGAAAAGAAAAGAAAACAACGCACAGCGUUUUAUAAAGACGAGGAUUUGUUAAUUUUGUUCGAAAAAAAUAGCUUUGAGUUGAUUUAUAAGAAAUCGAACGAGGUGACAUCCACGCUGUAUUUGUUGAGAAAAAAAGUUAUUUUACUCACGCCGCCAUUUUGUAUAGAAAUGGACGAUGAAGACAAUUGGAUUGAAGAACUGAAGUACACUUUAGUAGAUCUACACCAGUUACCGAAAGACACCAGAGUUUGGUUAACCGCAGCCCAACCCAACAAUGGCGUGAUAGGGUUUCUCAAGUGUUUAAAAGAGGAAGGGUUCGGUGACAGGGUUCGGUGUGCUUUCGUCAGUAACCUGCAGCCAGGGUCAAGGUCGCCUGACCUGACAGAGUCGAGCGAAGAGUUUAACCAAGUGAGAAACAAAGACCUUUUCAUUAACGUUUUCAGAGAUGGACACUGGGGGACCUUGUCUUUGAUCCCUAGAGAACCAGCUUUAGGACUCCGCGACAAUGUGAUUGGUUGUGAUGUUGCAGGAGUAUUGGCUAACGGGUCACGUGUUAUGGCCGCAGUGACGUCAGCUUGUAGCACACACGUAGACAUUGAAGAGGGGAUAUGGCUCCCGAUACCUGAUCACUGGUCAUUUGAAGAAGCUGCCACAGUGCCUAUGGCGUACUCAGUAGCUUAUUAUGGACUUCAUGUAAUCGGCAAACUAAGGCAAAAGCUCAGUCUUCUGAUCGUUGGCGCGGACAGUAUAGCAGGACAGGCUGCCCUGAAUCUAGCUCUUCACGCGGGUUGUGACGUAGCUGCUGUGGUGGAAAACCAAGACAGGAAGUCAAAGCUCGUGGAACUGUACCCGGAAAUACAAGUUUUUACACUGGCAUCUGACAUUGACGUCACGUGGUCUAACGCUUUCCUCAAGAACACUGUACAACAAAUAUUGGAGAAAGCUUGUCAGAUCCACACCAUAGACAUGCAUCACCUGCUGACGUCUAAGACAACCAGGAACCAAAGAGAUGAGAUAAGGGAGUAUCUACAAGCUGGCAUCAUAUCCGGUGCUGUCAAGCCACUGCCGUGUGUGUUGUAUGACAUUCACGGAGCACAGGAAGCCAUCUUAGACAUGGAGGCGAUCCGGCACGUGAAGAAAUGUGUCAUUAGGAAUUGCAAAAAUAAUCGUCUAAAAAUAUAUUUGGAAAUCCCAAUGCUAGUAGCUUAA